AUGGGUGGUGUUACCGUUCGAGAUGUCGAUGCGCAAAAAUUCAUCAUAGCAUAUGCAGAUUUCCUGAAGAGACAAGGCAAACUUCAAAUCCCAGGUUGGGUUGAUACCGUCAAGACCUCCCACUCCAACGAACUACCCCCACAAUCUCCCGACUGGUUCUACGUACGAGCGGCUGCCGUUGCCCGACAUAUCUACCUACGAAAGUCUGUUGGUAUUGGCCGUCUCCGAAAAGUCCAUGGAAGCACCAAGAACCGUGGAUCAAGGCCAUCGCAUCAUGUUGAUGCCUCCGGCUCAGUUGACCGCAAAGUCGUGCAAGCACUAGAGAAGUUGGGAAUCGUUGAGAAGCUUGAGGAUGAUGAGGAAGCUGGCAGUGGAAAGGGCGGACGAAGAAUUACACAGGCCGGCCAGCGGGAUUUGGACCGAAUCGCCCAGACAGCUGUUGAGGGUGACGAAGAGUCGGAUGACGAAUAG